CAGGGACGCGGCGGUCUGGGGCGGACAGCGGCCGGGAGGCGGCUCUCUGGGGGCGGGGGUGCAGGGGUCGCUGCGGGAGACUUACCGUAUUUGCGGGGGGUGGGGGGCAGCGCAGACCCUAGCGGAGAGAUUCCCUGCUGCAGCCCGGAGCUAAAGGGGGCGCAGCCUGGGGUGGGCUGCUGAUCGCCGCUGGACGUGCCCAUGACCGAGCUGGUGCCCUCCGGGGGCGGGUCCCCGGCGGGGGACGGGGAGGAGGGCCUGGGCGACGAGCGAGGCCUGGUCAUCCACCACCCGGCCGAGGAGCCGCCGCACCGCUGCCCGCUGUGCGGCCAGACGUUCCCGCAGCAGCCCAGCUUGGUGCGGCACCAGAAGCUGCACGCCGGGGCGGGCCGCGCGGCCGCCUUCGUGUGCCCCGAGUGCGGCAAGGCCUUCAGCGUGAAGCACAACCUGGAGGUGCACCAGCGCACGCACACCGGGGAGCGGCCGUUCGCCUGCGCCGAGUGCGGCCGCUGCUUCAGCCUCAAGCAGAACCUGCUCACGCACCAGCGCAUCCACAGCGGCGAGAAGCCGCACCAGUGCGCGCAGUGCGGCCGCUGCUUCCGAGAGCCGCGGUUCCUGCUCAACCACCAGCGCACGCACGCGCGCAUGCCCGCGCCGCACCCCCGGCGCCCCGGCGUCUUCGGGGAGCGGCGCCCCUACUUCUGCGCGCGCUGCGGCAAGAGCUUCGCGCGCGAGGGCUCGCUCAAGACGCACCAGCGCGGCCACGGCCACGGCCCCGACGGGCAGGGCGCGCACCUGGGCCGCGUGCUCUGACGCCCCGCGCCG